AUGGCGUCCGUAUUACCCGAUCCCACAAUCGACCUCGACUGGUCCGGAUACGUCGGUUCCAUCCAGGAGCACUUCAGACGCAACGCCGAGGCGCACCCCGAAAGGACAUGCGUCGUCGAGACCAAGACUUCCACAACACCAGAGAGACGUUUCACAUACCGCCAGAUCUAUGAGGCUUCCAACACACUAGCCUGGUACCUGCACAAGGCCGGCAUUACCAACGGCGAUGUCGUCAUGAUUUGGGCCCAUCGGUCCGUCGACCUGGUGGUGGCCCUCAUGGGUAUUCUGGCCUCUGGCGCAACCAUGACAGUUCUCGAUCCUGCCUAUCCUCCGGCAAGACAGCAGAUUUACCUCGAGGUCUCCCAGCCCAGUGCGCUCCUACGAAUUGGCCGUGCCACAGACGAGAAUGGCCCGUUGGCCCCCUUGGUCCAGAAGUACAUUGACGACGAGCUCAAGCUCAAGACUGACGUACCAGACUUGCGUCUUCGCGACGACGGUAUUCUCUACGGUGGUGAGGUCGAUGGCAAGGAUAUCUUUGCCCAAGUAAGGCAAUUGGCUUCCGCGCCUCCCGAUGUCAUAGUCGGUCCCGACUCGAACCCCACACUAUCCUUCACUUCCGGAAGUGAGGGUCGCCCCAAGGGUGUCCUCGGCCGUCACUACAGUCUGGUCAAGUACUUUGGCUGGAUGGCCGAGCGCUUCAACCUCUCCUCCGAGAGCAGAUACACCCUCCUUUCCGGCAUUGCCCACGAUCCAGUACAGCGCGACAUCUUCACCCCUCUCUUCCUUGGUGCCCAGCUUCUUGUCCCGUCCCGCGAGGAUAUUCAGCAUGAGAAGCUUGCUGAGUGGAUGAAGGAGCACAAGCCCACUGUUACCCACUUGACUCCCGCCAUGGGUCAGAUUCUUGUCGGUGGUGCUACCGCUGAGUUCCCCAGCUUGGAGAAUGUCUUCUUCGUCGGUGACGUUCUGACCACCCGCGACUGUCGUGCUUUGAGACGUUUGGCUGAGAAUGCCAACAUCAUCAACAUGUACGGCACCACCGAGACCCAGCGUGCUGUCAGUUACUUCGAGAUCCCCAGUCGCAACAGGGACCCUGACUUCCUCGAAAGAGAGCUCAAGGACACUGUCCCUGCGGGUACGGGCAUGCAAAACGUUCAGCUCCUGGUCGUCAACCGUGAGAACCGCGAGCAGCAGUGCCAGGUUGGCGAGGUUGGAGAAAUCUACGUCCGUGCUGCCGGUCUUGCCGAAGGCUACCUCGGCGACCCAGCCAUGAACGAGCAGAAGUUCUUGAACAACUGGUUUGUUGACAACAACAAGUGGGUUGAGGCGGACGCCAAGCUCAACAAGAACGAGCCCUGGAGAAAGUACUACAAGGGCCCUAGAGAUAGACUUUACCGCACUGGCGAUCUUGGACGCUACCUCGAGUCUGGUGAUGUCGAGUGCGUUGGCCGCGCCGAUGACCAGGUCAAGAUUCGUGGUUUCCGUAUCGAGCUCAACGACAUUGACAGCAACUUGAGCCAGAGCCCUCUCAUCCGUGACUGCAAGACCCUCGUCCGCAGGGAUCGUAACGAAGAGCCGACUCUUGUCAGCUACAUUGUCCCUGAGCACAAGGAGUGGCUCAAGUGGCUCGAGGUCCGUGGCCUCGCUGAUGUCGAAGACGAGGGUGUUGAGAUGGGUCCCGUCACCGUCUAUCUCAAGAAGUACAGACGCAUGCAGGCUGAGAUCCGCGAUCAUCUGAGCUCUCGCCUCCCCAUCUAUGCUGUCCCGACCAUCUAUGUCGUCCUCAAGAAGAUGCCUCUGAACCCCAACGGCAAGGUUGACAAGCCUAACCUUCCUUUCCCCGAUGUGGCUGAGCGUGUUGAGGAUGCCUCCGAUGAGGACCUGAAGAACUGGGAGUCGCUUACCAAGACCGAGCGCACCGUGGCCCAGCUGUGGGCCGAUGUUAUCCUUGGUCUUAACCCCAAGACGAUCAAGCGUGAGAAUGCUUUCUUUGAUCUGGGUGGUCACAGUUUGUUGGCUCAGCAGUUCCUCCUGAACAUUCGUAAGGCAAUUGGCAGGGAUGUGUCUAUCAACACUAUCUACGAACACCCUAGCCUCGCUGGUUUCUGUGCCCAAGUUGACAAGCUGCUCGGACAGGAAACCAGCGGUGUCACUGCUGAGGCUGGUGAGGACGAAUACGCCAAGUCUUUGGAUGAGCUUUUGGCUCAGCUUCCCGAGAAGUAUCUUUCAGCCGACCCCGCUACCCUUCGCUCCGAGGAGCUGACUGUCUUCCUCACUGGUGCCACCGGCUUCCUGGGUUCUUACUUGGUCAAGGAUGUCCUUGACCGUACGGCCCACACCGUCAAGCUGAUUGCCCACGUCCGUGGUGUUAAGGACUCCACGGCGGCGCUCGAGCGUCUCCGUCGCUCUCUCCAGGGUUACGGCCUUUGGAAUGAUGAGUGGACUGGAAGACUCAGCACCGUCGUCGGUGACUUGGCCAAGCCCAACCUCGGCAUUGAUGAUGCCGAUUGGGCGGAGCUUGCUCAGAAGGUGGACGUUGUUAUUCACAACGGCGCCACUGUUCACUGGGUCAAGCGCUACCACGAUAUGAUGGCCGCCAACGUCUUGUCCACCGUUGACGCCAUGAAGCUUUGCAACGAGGGCAAGCCCAAGGCCUUCUGCUUUGUCAGCUCCACCAGUGUUCUUGACACGGACUACUACUUCAACCUGUCUGACAAGCAAGUCAGCACCGGACGUGGUGCCAUCAUGGAGUCCGACGACAUGGAGGGUAGCCGUAGUGGUCUCGGAACUGGCUACGGCCAGACCAAGUGGGUCUCUGAGCAGCUUGUCCGUGAAGCCGGCAAGCGUGGUCUCUUGGGUUCCGUUGUCCGUCCUGGCUACAUCCUGGGUGAUGCCAACACCGGUGUGUGCAACGUCGAUGAUUUCUUGGUCCGUAUGCUCAAGGGCUGCAUUCAGAUCUCCUCUCGUCCCCACAUCGUCAACACUGUCAACGCCGUUCCCGUCAACCACGUCGCCCGUACCGUCGUGGCUGCUGCGCUCAACCCCAUCCCCAGCGGUGUGCACGUCAUCCACGUCACCGCCCAUCCUCGUCUCCGCAUGAACGAGUACCUCGCUAUCCUGGAGUACUACGGCUACAAGACUCCCGAGACUAGCUAUGAGAAGUGGAAGGCCGAGCUCGAGAAGUUCGUUUCUGCUGGUUCCUUGAUGGACGACCGGAACGCCGUGUCUGUCUUGAAGGCCGAUGCCGACAAGUGGACUGGCGUCGAUGACUCCACUGGUAGCGGUAUCGGCAGAGAGGAGGUCGGCAAGUUCCUUGCUUUCCUCUCUGAGAUCAACUAUGUCCCCAAGCCUACCGAGAGGGGUCGUCCUCUGCCGCAGAUUCAGCCUGAGGUUCUCAAGGCCCUGGCGGUUGGUGGUGCUACCGGUGGUCGUGGUGGUGCUCACUAA